AUGGUAUCCGAAGCAGAAAAGAGAAGAUGGCGAGCUCUCCCGAGAGACAAUUACCCAAAACCAUUGAUUUUUCAUGAUGGAAGGAUCGCACUCAUGCCAACAUAUCUAAUAACAUUAGCAAUAAUCAUAUGGGUUCCAUUUGGGUUCUUGCUCACUAUUUUGAGGAUCAUAAUUGCGAUAUCUUUUCCAUACACCGUGUCUAUCCCUAUCUUGUCAUACACAGGGAUGAGAGGUAGAACAUAUAUAUGUUCAAACGAUACCAACAAUGUUGACAAAAUCAGAGAAGAUCUAAUCAAAAGCAAAGGCAAGAAAAAAGGCACGUUAUAUGUGUGCAAUCAUAGAACAUUACUUGAUCCAAUCUAUAUAUCAAUGGCGAUAAUGAAGCCUGUCACAGCUGUUACAUAUAGCUUGAGCCGAUUAUCAGAACUCUUGGCACCAUUAAAGACUUCCCAUUUGAGUAGGAACAAAGAGAAAGACUCAAAGAUGAUGGAGAUGUUACUUAACCAAAGUGACCUUGUGGUUUGCCCUGAAGGGACGACUUGUAGGGAACCCUAUGUGCUUCGAUUUAGCCCUUUGUUUGCUGAAAUGAGCAAUGAAAUCAUCCCCGUUGCUUUAGAUGCUAAAGUUGGUAUGUUUUAUGGGACAACUGCAAGCGGUUUCAAAUUUUUGGACCCUUUGUUCUUUCUUUUGAAUCCAAUUGGAAUUUACCAUGUCAUGAUUCUUGAGAAGUGGACAAGUGCAAAUACAUGUGGGAAAUCAAGUAUCGAAAUUGCUAAUCAGGUUCAGAGACAAAUUGCGGAUGCAUUAGGGUUUCAAUGUACGAAUCUCACAAGAAGAGACAAGUACAUGAUCUUGGCAGGAAAUGAAGGUGUUAUUUAG